AUGAAGUUCCAAGCUUUCGUCGCAGUCACUCUUGCCCUUCUUCAAACUGGUCUCUCGUCAGCCUUGCCUCAGGGCGCCAGUGUGGCUGCGCGUGAUGACAAGCGAGGCUCUGAGCAGAUCUCUGGCCUCGGAUCUCGCAAGCAACAGGUCACCGGUGCCGGGGGCAGUACCAUGGACCUGGCAAUUGCCAUGCUUGAGACGAAGAAUAUGGGCACCGACUAUCCAUAUGGUGACGGCAAGUCUGGAGAUGCCACGAACUUUGGAAUCUUCAAACAGAAUUGGUACAUGCUCCGCCACUCAGCAUCCGAGUUUCUGGGGCAGAGUGUUGGUGAUGUCAACAACGGUGCAAUUCUAAACAGCGAUCUGGGUAAGGAUAUCCAGGCCCGCCACGAUGGAGAGGCAAAGUUCGGUUUUGAUGUCUGGUUCGCUGGCCAUCGCAAUGGGGAAUCUGGUGUCCAGAACCCUAACACAGACGACAUCAAGCGGUACCGCGAUGCCGUUCAAUGGAUCAAAUCACAAAUUGAAAGCGACAAGAAAUAUGAGUCGGACGACACCCGCUUCUGGGUUGAUGUCACUGCCAUCUAA